ACGGCCCAGGUUAUCCUUGAGACUCCACUCCCCAGCAAGAUCUGCGCGUUGCGUGCGCUAUGGAGCUGCAAGUCGCAGAACUGAAGCAGAAGAUCGAAGACACAUUGUGCCCUUUUGGCUUCGAGGUUUACCCCUUCCAGGUGGCAUGGUAUAAUGCACUCCUGCCUCCAGCCUUCCACCUACCCCUGCCAGGACCUACCCUGGCCUUCCUGGUACUCAGCACACCUGCCAUGUUUGACCGGGCCCUCAAACCCUUCCUGCAGAGUUGCCAUCUCCGACCACUGACUGACCCUGUGGACCAGUGUGUAGCCUACCACUUGGGCCGUGUUAGAAAGAACCUCCCAGAGUUGCAAAUGGAAGUCAUCGCUGACUACGAGGUACACCCCAAUCGGCGCCCCAAGAUUCUGGCCCAGACUGCAGCCCAUGUGGCAGGGGCUGCUUACUACUACCAACGGAAGGAUGUGGAGGCUGACCCCUGGGGGACCCAGCACAUAUCAGGUGUGUGCAUACAUCCCCGAUACGGAGGCUGGUUUGCCAUCCGAGGAGUAAUGCUGCUGCCAGGAAUAGAGGUGCCAGAUCUGCCACCCACAAAGCCCCUGGACUGUGUACCUACAAGAGCUGCCCGAAUCACCCUGCUUGAAGGCUUUAAUUUCCACUGGCGUGACUGGACAUACCGGGAUGCUGUAACACCACAGGAGCGUUACUCAGAAGAACAGAAGGCUUACUUUUCUACUCCACCUGCCCAACGCUUAGCUUUGUUGGGCUUGGCCCAGCCCUCAGAGGAUCCUAGCUCUGCAUCACCUGAGCUUCCUUUUACCACACUCCCACCCAAGAAGCCCCAGAAUCCCAGCAGAGCCCGAGGCUGGCUCAGCCCCAGUAUCUCACCACCUGCAUCCCCUGGCCCUUGAUAUCCUCCCUCCUCUGAGAUCCCUAUUUAUAAGUGGUACCUGGCUCUAGAAUUCCUUUGGCUUUGGCAAGGCCAGAGAUUUUAUUUUGGGUACAAUAUUUUUGUUUAAACAGGCUUCAUGCCCAGUGUGGAGCCCAACAUUGGGCUAGAACUCACGAUCCUGAGAUCAAGACAUGAGCUGAGAUCUAGAGUUGGAUGCUUAACCAAAGGAGCCACCCCAGGUGCCUGGGUACAAUAUUUUUGAUACAAGGAUUGUAAUAGAGCUCUUCAGUGAAGAUAACAAAGCUCAGAAAAAUUUAGUCAAAAGAAGUGAAAGACAAGACAGAUCCAGAAUUCCCACCUUAAAAUACAGGAUUAUUCCUUUCCAUUUCUCUCCAGUGCUCCAAGAUCCUACUUGUUACAGAGCCUAAAAGGCAAUCAUCUCCUAACGGCACCUGCCUCACAGGCUUGUUGUGGGGAAUAAACACAUGCA